CAUUUUCGCGUCCACGCUAAGUGGCGAAAUUGACUUCGACCCUCCAGGUUCGGUCGGUAAAACACCUCCACAGUUCGUGCAACAAUCCCUCGGCGCGAUUCGGCGGGGGCGGCGCGUCGGUGACAUCACCUUCUACCGCGGCGGGCGGCGAUCUUGCUGACACAUUCGCGGCCCGCGCUGUUCGUGGCAGGCGUAUUCCUCCGCAGUGUGCCAAUUUUCAGUUGCCAGCAGUUGCCAGCUGCCAGCGGGUGUCAGUUGCUGGAAGUACGGGUGCCAAGCGGAAAGGCAAGCCAGUCAGCACUCGAAGCGAACGCGCCAGAGGGAGAGGGAGAUACGGAGGCAGGCUGGCCCAGAAUCCACGGUCCAUGUGCUUCCUCGAGUGAAAAUGCUCAUCAAGGAAUACCGCGUCACUCUGCCCCUUACCGUCGAGGAGUACCAAGUGGCUCAAUUGUACUCUGUGGCGGAGGCAAGUAAAGAUAAUACCGGUGGAGGAGAAGGCAUAGAAGUCUUAAAGAAUGAACCAUUUACGGACUAUCCAUUGUUAGGAGGAAAAUACUCCUCGGGACAAUAUACGUAUAAGAUAUAUCACUUGGCAAGUAAAGUGCCUGCAUUUAUUCGAAUAUUAUUACCAAAGAACUCAUUGGAAAUCCACGAGGAAGCAUGGAAUGCUUACCCGUACUGCAAGACAGUUAUAACAAAUCCUGGAUACAUGAAAGAGAAUUUUAUUAUAAUGAUAGAAUCAUUCCAUAUCGGAGACGUUGGGGACCAACAGAACGUGCACGAACUAUCUCCUGAUAAACUAAAAAUUAGGGAAGUGAUACACAUCGAUAUAGCAAAUGACCCGGUUGCUAGUUCCGACUACAAGGAGGACGAAGACCCGACCAAAUUUAAGUCUCAAAAAACUGGUCGGGGUCCUCUAGUUGGCAAAGAAUGGAAGAAUAAGGUCCAGCCUGUCAUGACUUGUUACAAACUUGUCACGUGCGAGUUCAAAUGGUUCGGCCUGCAGACUCGAGUCGAGAGUUACAUUCAGAAAGCGGAGAGGCGCCUCUUCACCAAUUUUCAUAGGCAAGUGUUCUGCUGGAUGGACCGGUGGUAUGGUUUAACGAUGGAGGACAUCAGAGCCAUCGAAGACAACACGAAAGAAGAGCUGGACAGGCAACGGCACUUAGGGGAAGUACGAGGAAUGCGUGCCGAAGAUUGAAGCUUUAGUAGUUAUCCAUAAUUAAGAUUAAAUUAAUUUCAAUAUAUAUAUAUAUAAAUAUAUAUAUAUAUAUUAAGUACACAGGAGCGAACGCGUGCCGCGAAGAGCCAUAAAACCAUUGGGAAAGCAAAAAAUACGCGAAACGGUUAUACAUAGUCUUCAGGAUCAGGUCAGUUUUUGUGCAUUACUCAGCUACGACUCGGUGUCUACUGAGAUUACCUGCGAUUUUAAUUUAUUUACCUUUGUAAGUCUUUUAGAUGAAUGUAUCGACACUAAAGGGUAUCAUUACAAUCGUCAUCGCAGUCAAUGAGUUGUAACACUUCACCGUUAUUAAAGACGAAUAGGAAAUUGCGCAGGGAAGGGGGUAAAGUUUACUUAGAGACCAAGACGAUCGAUGGGGUAAACACAGGAUUUUCGUGGGCAAUAUGGUGUCCGGAAUAGACCAGCUAACUUAUAUAAUUUAGCGAUUUAACGAGGAAGUUAAUAUUAAUUGUAAAUGUUUAUAACGGAGCAGUCAGGAUGCCUGUCACUGGCAGCGUUCAGUCCUUGCAUUCGACGAUGUUGCUCGGAUCUCGGGAUGCGUGGAUUAUUUAAAUAAUGAAUGAUAGUUUACGUACUGUCGCUAGUGCACAUUGCGCGUUUAUUACGACCGUUUAAUCUCGCACAAUGCGCGAAGCCGAGGCUUCCUUUGUUAAGGAUAUAUGUAUGCAUGUAUGUACACGCCUCAAUGUUCGUCAAAGUCGGACGGCUCUAAGUUUCUAGCCACGGUCGCGACAUUUAUUUUCGGAAACCCCGUCUCCUGAAUUCUUUACGUUCUUCUGCCGUCGAUAUCGCGCCCUUAAAGGUUUCGUUGCCUCCAGCAGGUUCUGAGCGAGUUUAUUUUCUUCGCGAGUCUCCUAGGUUCUAUUCCAAGCAAUCUGUACGAUGCUAUUUUAAUUUCCAUCGGUUGUACGAAAAACGACAAGUGCCACACCGUAAUCAAGAUGAAUCUUAGUCUUAAAAUGUCAAAGGGAAAUAUGGCGCCGCUCGAAAGUGGAACACUGGGUGUUCCGUUUUUCCGUUCGUUGGCCAUUAAGGUCGCCGAAAAAAAGAUCGUCCAACCGAGGAAAUCUAUGCGACCGCGCAUUUACGUUAAUCGUGAUAAUCGUACCAAUGCUUAUCGUUUAAAGAAAUUUAUAUUCCGCUUGACGGCCGUCGCGAGGGGUACAUGGACGAUCAGCUGAUUGUUGCAUUUAACAAUUUCCUGGUCGUUUUGGGACUCGAAGCUUAAACCGUUUACUGAAACUUUGAAAGUUACUUAAAGUGUUACGGGUGUCACGUAUAUAUAUAUAGAAUGACCCUUUCGUAUCACCUUAAGGUUCGAAGGAUAAUUCGUCAUUGCGGUGCGGCACUCUUGCGACGCCCUGUAUAUUAAUUAUUAAUUAGGUCUAGGUCGGUAUUAGUAAUACUAAAUUGUCCGAAAAUGCGCUUAGCCUCAAUUGGAAAGUAACCGCGUGGCUCGUUAAUAUACAGCAGAGGAAUCCUCAAGA